UCGGGAAUGGGCCAAGUAAGAACUCAUCGUCAUCAUCAUCUGUUCCGUCUCUCUCUUCCCCCCGAUAUCUUCGCCUCUCUGUCUCUGUUUAGCUUAGCCUUACCAUGUCUUCCGACACCACACCGGAGCUAGCGGACAAUUCCGGAAUAGCUACCAUAGACGACGUAAAUCAACGGAAGAUUCAGAAUCCGAUUCUCUCCCUCUUUCCACACUUGCCAAUUUUCAACUUCCUCUUUCAGAAUCAGGAUUCCACUAAACAGGAAACUACCACACCUGCGAAAGAGGAGACGAAGCAGAAACCUUCCUUUGUCAAGCUUCCGUCUAGUUUGCCGAUUGUUCCUUCGCUGAAGGUGGAAGAGGGUGAAGAGUCUGAGCAACCUGAGCAGACGAAUCCCGUGGUCUUGUGGCAGGUUUAUGCUCUUGGAGGAGUGCUUGUUCUAAAGUGGAUAAUAUCAAGAUGGCAGGAGAGGAGGUCAAGAAACAAGCCACCUCCACCAGGGGAUGAUGAUCUCUCAUGAGACUUUUAUCCUAACUAAGGCAUGUUAAUUACAUCCGAGCUUGUCUAAAUGUGUCGAUUUAGUUAAAAGUUUUAAUGUGCGAUUGGCGUGUUUCUGUUUCUUGGCCUAAUGAUUUUGGUCAUAUACGAGAAGUAUUUUUCGUGGUUUUUGUUUGAGAGCUGUAGCUUCUCCAUAACUACUUAUGAUCAUGAAUCAUAUUUUGUUUGGUGUUCUUUCAUGGGUAAAUUGUUUCUCUGUACAUUCCAGAUUAACUUUAUAUCGGUUUAAGAUUUUUUCUGUCGAAAUUCCACACCAACAUUGCUAAAUAUGGGGUUUGUUAUUAAAGUAAAAAUAUGUCUUAUUUAUAUAAGAGAUUGUCUAUUUAUAAUACAACAACUCUUAGGCAUAUAAUUUGAUAUUUUUUUUAGACUUA